AUGUGGAGUCAAACUCCAAGCUUCAGGUUUGAGAUAGAAGAGUUCUGGAAGAAGAAAACUAAUCGCAUACUAUCUAAGGUAUUCGUAGCUGGCGGAUGCGAAUGGUACCUCCAAGUUUAUCCCAAGGGAACUAAUCUUGCUGAUGCUGGUCACUUGUCUGUGUACCUUCACGUUGCAAACCCUAAAUCAUUGCGAACUGGAUGGAAAAGGAAUGUUAGUUAUUACUUCACCGUGUUGAAUCAUCGCAAUAUAGAGCGCUGCAAUUCUGGCAUUAUAGAAAGCAAAGUGUUUGACGCUGAGUCUCUAUCAUUGGGCUUCGGAAAGUUAUUUCCUCGCAGCAAGCUUAAGGAGAAAUUCUUUAUGGGAAAGGACAGUGUCAUCAUUGAAGUCUACAUUAAUGUGAUUGAAGCUGUGGAUGGAGAAAGCGAAGAUGUGACAGAGAAGGAGACUGUGGAUAUCAACGGUUUUCAGGUUUCUGCUUCUCAGGUUGCUCUAGUGAGGAAAAUAUUCGCAGAGCAGCCAGACAUUGCAUCAGGUUUCAAACCAAAGAACCAAGUGGUGAGGACAGCAUACAUGAAUGUCCUUGUUGACCUCAUCAAUACACUAAACAAGCCUUCAAAGAGUCACUCAGAGACUGAGCUAAUCAUCUCUCAGGGAGAGUUGCGUGAGCUGGAAGAAGUGGGUUUCGAGAUUGACUGGUUGAAGUUAAAGUUUGAUAAUGUAUUCUUGGAGAGGAAGAAAGAUGAUGAUUAUGGUUCGAGGGUCCAACAACUUGAAGAACGUGUGAAGAAUCUUGAGAAGGUGGACUCUUUGAAAAGAAAGGUUGAUGAGGUUCUUUUGGAGAGGGAGAAAGCAAAAGCUGUUGAGCUUUGGCUCAAAAUACUUGAUAUAUACGUCAAGAACCUUGGUAAUGGAACCGACUUCGGGAUGGACUCUUUGAAGUCAAAGAUUGAGGAUGUUUCCUUGGAGAAGAAGAAAUCAGAUUGA